CGUCAGCAAACUAAACUCUCCUUCUCCGUCAGUAAGCAAAAUCAUAGCAUAGCAUUCCCAUUCCAAUACAAGGAAAGAGAGGAAAAUUUCCCCUUCACUUCACCAUGGCACUGUCUGCCGACGGCUGGUUCCCCCUACACGGCAACAGCAAUGGACCUGUCAUGCCGUCGAAGAGCUCUUCUUCGUCGAGGGUCGUUAAGUUUGGGAAUGGGGAGUUCAUGGGAAGCAAGCUCAAAACGACACCAUAAUCAGAUUCUUCUCAUAGGAGUUUGUGGGAACAAAGUUGCUAAGCAACCUCUUAAUCACUGUUGGUUAAUGUUGAAAAACUUUGGGUUCCAUAGUUGAGGGACCUUGAGAUGGAGAGAAGGGAUCCAGAGGACUGUUGUUGCAGUUAUUCUAGGAGGAGAGGAGCUGGUACUCGCCUCUUCCCUCUCUCUAAACGCCGUGCCAAACCUGCUGUCCGGAUCGGAGGUGCAUAUCGGCUGAUCGAUGUGCCGAUGAGCAACUGUAUCAACAGCGGGAUCAACAAGGUCUACAUUCUCACUCAGUACAACUCAGCUUUGCUAAACAGGCAUCUUGUACGAGCUUACAAGUUACAACUUUGGUAGUGGAACCAACUUUGGAGAUGGCUACGUCGAGGCUCUGGCUGCAACUCAAACGCCAGGGGAGACAGGAAAGCAGUGGUUUCAAGGCACUGCAGAUGCUAUUCGGCAGUUCCAUUGGUUGUUCGAGGACGCAAGGAGUAAGGAGAUUGAGGAUGUGCUGAUACUGUCAGGAGAUCAUCUGUAUCGUAUGGACUACAUGGCCUUUGUUCAGAAUCAUAGGCAGAGUGGAGCAGACAUCACCAUUUCUUCUCUGCCCAUAGAUGACAAACGGGCAGGGGCUUCAGACUUUGGUCUAAUGAAGAUAGACAACAAAGGAAGUGUCCUCUCCUUUAGUGAAAAGCCUAGAGGGGAUGAGCUCAAGGCAAUGGCCGUUGAUACUACAGUGCUAGGGCUCUCCAAAGAUGAAGCUGUAAAGAAACCAUACAUUGCCUCCAUGGGAGUUUACCUCUUCAAGAAAGAGAUACUUCUCAAUCUUCUCAGAUGGCGAUUCCCAACAGCUAAUGACUUUGGAUCUGAAAUAAUCCCAGCUUCGGCAAGCGAGUACCAUGUAAAGGCCUACCUGUUCAAUGAUUACUGGGAAGACAUUGGAACUGUUAGAUCAUUCUUCGAGGAAAAUCUCGCUCUUACAGAGCAUCCACCAAGGUUUAGUUUCUAUGAUGCUGCCAAGCCCAUUUACACAUCAAGGAGAAACCUGCCACCGAGCAAGAUCGACAGCAGCAAGAUCUUCGAUUCAAUCAUCUCCCCUGGAAGCUUCUUGACAGACUGCCACAUUGACCACAGUGUAGUCGGCAUCCGAUCUCGAAUCACUGCUAAUGUCCAUCUAAAGGACACAGUUAUGUUAGGAGCUGACUUCUAUGAAACUGAAGGUGAAGUAGCUUCACUAGUAGCAGAAGGAAGAGUCACUGUUGGGAUAGGAGAAAACACAAAAAUCAGGUUCGUUUGGCAAGCAGUUACACUGCAGUAGUUCUUUCUUCCCUAUUAUUAAGUAGCAUUCUCCUCUUUCUCCUUGACUCAUGUUAAGUUUUGCUACCCCCUGUGCAGAGAAUGCAUUAUUGACAAAAAUGCCCGGAUCGGGAAGAAUGUUAUCAUAGCUAACUCGGAGGGAAUACAAGAGGCUGACAGAACUUCUGAAGGCUUCUACAUUCGAUCUGGGGUUACAGUUAUAUUUAAAAACGCAGUCAUAGAAGAUGGACUUGUAAUAUAAAAAUCACUUCCUUCACCCUUGCAAUUCUUUUGUUGAUGUUUGAGACGUGAGAUAGCAGAAGACACUGAUAAAGCCAAGUUCCGAACAGAAAUUUCAAUACGUGUUAAGUUCUUUCCCAUAUACUAAACCAACUGAAGAUCAAAUCUUUUUCUCGACAAGAAAAAGAUGAAGCAGAGAUUGGCACUUGUACGCAACAAUUUGAUUCCAGAAUAAAAAAGAACCAACACUUGAAUUAAA